GAAGGUCCUCAUUCCUGAGCUCAAUCUGGCUGUCCGUGAAAUGGACUCAGAAGUAGAGCCUGGAGCCUCCUUCCCCACUUCGGUGCCUGGUCCCCAAGGGCAGAGUACAGUACCUGCUUCCCGGGGACAGGCAUUUCCUAAGGGCUCAGUCACAUCUAAUGCCUCAGAUCGACCCACUGCAGUCCAAGUUCAGAACCAGGAUGCUGAUACUUCUGUGUCAGAGUUGGUGGUGCCAGCUGCUGAGUUCCCCAGUUCCCCUGGAGAAGACCUAGCUUGGAGCCCAGGCUGUGACAGACACAUGGCUGUGCAAAGCCGGUUAGACAUUAUGGAAGAGACCGUGGAGAAGACGGUGGAGCACCUGGAGGCAGAAGUGACUAGCCUGCUGGGCCUGCUGGAGGAACUGGCUCCAAACUUACCCCCAGGGCCCUUCAGCUCCAAACCUGACCUGCUUGGAGAUGAUGGCUUCUGACUACCAGGGAUGAUGGAGCCUGUCAGCUGAAGUCAUCCCUCUGAGAACCAAGCCAGCUCUUCCUGCCUUCCUGCCCUGCUUUGGUGUGAAAUAAAAGCUACUAUUUGGACCUGUUUGCUAGCCAUGA